UUUGCUUUGUCAAAAAGACUUAAAGUCAAGUCUGCACUGAGUCAAUGUUCUUAGAGUAAAGUAACCGAAAAUGGUAAAAUACCUAACUAUUAAUUUCAUCAUUGUGGUUCGUAAACUGCACUUCAAAUUAUACAUUUCCUUUCACCAUUUCUCAACCCCUACCAUGGCAGCAGAAGUUGUUGGUGGUGCUCUUCUUUCUGCUUUUCUUCAGGUUGCCUUCGACAGGCUGGCUUCUCCUCAAGUUUUACAGUUCUUUCGUGGAAGAAAACUUGAUGAGAAGCUUCUUAGCAAUCUGAACAUCAUGCUGCACUCAAUCAAUGCUCUCGCUGAUGAUGCUGAACAAAAACAGUUCAGAAAUCCACACAUCAAAGCUUGGCUUUUUGCUGUCAAAGAUGUUGUCUUCGAUGCAGAGGAUCUCUUGAAGGAAAUAGAGUAUGAACUCACCAGAUGCCAAGUGGAAGCUCGAUCAGACCCACAAACCCUUACUUCCAAGGUAUCAAAUUUCUUCAACUCUACUUUCACCUCAUUUAACAAGAAAAUUGAAUCAGAGAUGAGAGAUGUCCUAGAGAAACUAGAAUAUCUUGCAAAGCAAAAGGGUGCUCUCGGUUUGAAAGAGGGUAUUUACUCUGGUGAUGGAUCAGGUAGCAAAGAGUCACAGAAAUUGCCAUCUUCUUCUUUGGUGGUUGAAAGUGUUAUUUAUGGAAGAGAUGCAGACAAAGAAAUGAUUUUAAAUUGGCUCACAUCUGAAACUGAGAAUCAUGACCAGCCAUCAAUACUUUCCAUUGUGGGAAUGGGUGGGUUGGGUAAUAAGACCACACUCGCCCAACAUGUAUACAAUGACCCAAAGAUAGAGGAGGCCAAAUUUGAUAUCAGAGCUUGGGUUUGUGUUUCCGACCAUUUUGAUGUUUUGAUAGUUACAAAAACAAUUCUUGAGGCAAUCACUAAAUCUAAAGAUGAUAGCGGAGACCUGGAAAUGGUUCAUGGAAGAUUGAAAGAAAAAAUAUCAGGAAGGAAAUUUCUUCUUGUUUUGGAUGAUGUUUGGAACGAAAGACGAGAAGAAUGGGAAGCUGUGCGAACUCCUCUUAGUUAUGGGGCACCAGGAAGUAGAAUUAUUGUCACAACACGUGGUGAGAAAGUUGCUUCUAACAUGAUGUCUGAAGUGCAUAGGCUAAAGCAAUUAGAAGAAGAGGAAUGUUGGAAACUUUUAAAAAGCAUGCACUAAAAAAUGAUGAUCAUGAAUUGAAUGAUGAGAGAAAGGAGAUUGGCAAAAGAAUUGGAUGACUUCUCCGCACAAAGUCAUCCAUUUCAGAUUGGCAAAGCGUACUGGAAAGCGACAUAUGGGACUUACCGAAAGAAGUUGAAAUUAUGCCUGCUCUACUAUUGAGUUAUCAACACCUUCCUUCUCAUCUCAAGAGGUGCUUUGCUUAUUGUGCAUUAUUUCCAAAAGAUUAUGAAUUUAACAAGAAGGAAUUAAUUUUGUUAUGGAUGGCUGAAGAUUUUCUUAAUCACUCUAAACAGAUCAAGAGUGUACAUGAAAUUGGUGAACAAUAUUUCGACGAUCUAUUAACAAGGUCCUUCUUUCUUCAAUUAAGCUCUGAAAUGCGACAAAUCAAGAAUGUACGAGAAAUUGGUGAACAAUAUUUCCAUGAUCUAUUAACGAGGUCCUUCUUUCUUGAAUCAAGCUUUGGAAUGCGAUUUGUCAUGCAUGACCUUCUCAAUGAUUUGGCAAAAUAUGUUUGUGCAGACUUCUGUUUCAGGUUCAAAUAUGAUAAAGGAAAUAUACCCAAUACAACCCGUCAUUUUUCAUUUUCAUUCGAUGACGUAGAAUAUUUUGAUGAUUUAGGGAGUUUAAUUGAUGCUAAAAGACUGCGUUCAUUUCAUUCAAUUACAAAUGACUGUAGCUAUGACUUCAAUCCUUGUCAAUUCAAUAUUUUGGUACAUGAGUUGUUCUCCAAGUUGAAGUUUUUACGCGUCUUAUCCUUGAACGGAUAUUCUCAGCUUAGUGAGGUCCCUAAUUCUCUUGGUGAUCUUAAACAUCUCUGUUCGAUAGACCUUUCGUAUACUCAUAUACAAAAACUACCUGACUCAAUAUGUUUGCUCUAUAACUUGCUAAUAAUGAAGAUGAACUUUUGUUCUUUUCUGGAGGAAUUACCUUCAAAUUUGCAUAAGCUCACCAAAUUGAAUUGUUUGGAAUUUGAACAUACAAAUGUUAGAAAGAUGCCAAUGCAUUUUGGAGAAUUGAAGAAUCUUCAAGUACUGAGUACGUUUUCUGUUGAUAGAGAUAGCAAGGUCAUCAAUAUUAAGCAACUUGGAGGACUCAAUCUUCAUGGAAGGCUAUCAAUUAAUGAGGUGCAGAAUAUUGUUAAUCCUUUGGAUGCAUUAGAAGCAAAAACAAUAUAACUUUUUUUGAAAUUGAACAUGUUUUUUAUAAGCUGCCUCUUGCUGUUCUUAUCUGUUAUUGCUUUUGAAAAAUAUUAGUAAGUAUGUUGCAAACAUCAUUAUGGAUUUAUUGAUUAAAAAAAUCUACUAUUAAUCACUUUAGUAUUUUUGUUUAUUGUUUUGUUGCUCUGCUAAAUUUUAUAUUGAAUCACUGUGCUCUAUAUUGAAACAGUUAUGUAAUAUGGAUUAUUUAUAUACUUAAUCGAUUAAAUCCGAAAACGACUGAUAAACUGAUAAAAUUUGAGCCUUCAAAUUUUCUUAGAACAGGGUCCAAUGCAGUCACGCCAUUGUCAAAUUUUAUUUUCCUUAAGAACUCUAGGCUGUUGAAUAUUUUAAUUUUCCUUCUUGACUCUUCGUGUAUUGAUCUAUUAUUCUUCCUGAGAUUGACUUGUAAAUUUUAUUUGUCAUUCAAGAGUAUUACCGAGUCUGGUAUGUGCUAACACAAGUUUCUUACAAUGGCUUCCAAUGUCUUCUUCACUUCAAGUGAUCGCUCUAGGCAUCUUCUAUCAUGUUGUUUCUGCAAAAUUUUGUCUUAAGGUAUGCUUGCAGUUUACUUAGAAAAGACAUGAAAAAGAUAGUGAUCACUCUUGAUUCCUCAUAUAUCCUAUACUAGGAAAAACAAAGGGACAAGCAGGCUCUAGCAAAGGCUUCUCUUGAAAGCAUCAAGAAGCAAAAUGGAGAAGGAAUCUCACAAAUUAACUCUGCAAAAGAGAGUUGUAAUGCAAAUAAAGGAAGUUCUUCUGGGUUUGGCUUGAUAAUCGAUGGGAAGUCCUUAGAUUAUUCGCUUAACAAGAAUUUGGAAAGGUCCUUCUUUGAGUUUGCCACUAAUUGUGCUUCUGUCAUAUGUUGUCGAUCUUCACCCAAACAAAAAGCUCGUGUGAGUACUAUGGUUGUUGUGUGUGUGCUGCUACCCUAUUUCUCCUUUAUCUCUUUCUAAAGUCGCCAUCGCUUUCUGCCAAUGUACCAUGAUAUUAUACAAAGAGAAAACUAGUAGAAGGGAUUCAAAUUGGUUUAUCUGAUGAUGAGUUACCUGAACA